AUGUUCGGAGGACGGAAAAAUUCCGCGAGCAACUCGGAAGCCUCCGAGUCCGAUUUUCAGUCCGCCGACGAUGCGAGAUCGCAAUCGCAAUCCCGGUCGAUUAUGUCCGCGAAAUCCGCGCAAAGUUCGAAAUACGACGACGCGGACGAAGCGUUCGACGCCGCGAAAAUGAAGAAAGGGAAAGGGAAAGCGGUGAAAGCCGAUCCCGGGUUGAUGGACGAAGAAGAGAACAUGAGCGAUAAGAGUUCGCAGUCGUCGCAGCAAGAGAAGCGAGGAGGCGUGGCUGGAUUGUUUCAAAAUCCGUUCCGAAGGCGCCCGUCGGUGGACGGACCGCCUCCGAAUACUACCACCAGUAAUAACAACAACAAUCCGUUCCAAACGAGCGAGGCGAUGGCUGCGCUUAACGCGGCCAUGUCGGACGACUUUACCGCCGAAGAGAAGAAAAAGUUCCGCGAGCAGUUCAAGGAGAAUUCGAAAUACAAACCGCCCGAGGACAGCGAGGACCCGACGGUGAACGAACAAAUCGCCAGGGAGGUUUUAGCGAAGGCAACGUCGAAGAGAGCCGCGCAGAAAGCGAAGCAAAACGCGAAAGCGAACCCGACGAUGGACAUGAUGAUUAGAGACGCGUUGGUGAAAGGUUUCGACGUGGAUACCAUGCGACGAUUGCCGCCUCCGCAAGAGUUGGGCAUCAUCAAAGGUUUCAUCGUCGUCGACGACACCAAGAGCAAAAAGUAUCCGAUUUAUAAAUAUUACGUUCACGACGAGCAAGGAAAAUACGAUAAAUUGGUCAUGUGCUGCCAAGAGGAGCAAACGUUAGCGAAAGUGAAAAUUGGUAAGAGAUACAUCUUUUCGACGUGCACGAACUUUAAAGCGGAAGGGGAAGAUUACCUCGGGAAAAUGUCAGGGAACUUUUUAGGCUCUCGAUUUACCGCGUACGACCAAGGCGAGAAGAAAAGCGACGAGGUCGAGGAGGAGUAUGAGCGCAGAGUCGUCACGGCGAUCGUGUACGAACCGACUAUUUUUACUCUGGGCGGAAGCUACCGAAAGAUGACGUGCCUCGUCCCAACCUUAUACAAACAAGACAAGAAUGGAAAAGCGCGAUUGGAAAAGUGGGAAGCGAUGAGAGAUAUGAGACACAUGCGAUUAUUAAUGUCCAAGGUCCCGGAGUAUAGAAUGUUUGACGGGCAGUGGCAUUUCUGCUACAAGUACGGCGGCCGCGUAAAGAUCCCGAGUAAGAGGAACUUCCAGUUGGUCCGAGACAACAACGAAGACGAAGUAGUCAUGUUGUUUGGUAAAUUGGCGCACAACGUGUGGGCGUGCGAUUACUCGCACCCGUUGAAUGCCUACCAAACCUUCUGCAUAGCGAUGAGCGCAAUGUCCGAAAAGUUAGCUACGAAGUGGUAA